AUGAAGGAAACAAUACACAUCACCAUCGUUCCAGAUACCAGAACCCGACCUUUCAACUUCAUGCCAUCUUUUUAUCUUGUUCUGGAGAUAGCCAUCCUCUUUACAAUUGCGGCAAUGGCUCUUUCACCCCGAGACGCUAUCCACGCAGAUGAUCUCGAACGCUAUGAAGAAUUCAUGAAUAAAGUUUCUGAUAGUCAAUUUCUCGAUAUGUACAUGGGAGGUGCAGCUGUCAAAAUUGAAAUCUACGAGUACCCAUCAAAUGACCACGUCCAGUAUGCACACUUCAAGGCAAGCCCCAAGGCGGAUCAAUACUUCCAACAAGAGAAAGAAUAG